CAGUCAAGUAGGUCCUGCUCCAGCCAGAGCCCAGGACAGAGCUCAGCAUCUCCAGGUUGUGCUCCAGGGAGGAGGAUGCUCUGUGGUUCCCCCAUCCACUGCUCUCUGCUGGCUUUUGUCAUUUCCACUUUAGUUUUCCAAGUUCUUCAGGGGCACUCAGCUCCACUCACCGUCACUGCACCCCCCGGCCCCAUCACCGUGGCCAAGGGCGAGGACGUGGUGCUGCCCUGCAGCUUCUCCCCGGGGCAGAAUGCACAGGACACGGAGGUGACCUGGUUUCGGGAGCAGUUCUUGCCCUUUGUGCAUCGCUACAAGUGGGGCCAGGACCAGUUUGGGGAGCAGAUGGUUCAGUACCAAGGGCGCACUGAGCUGGGGAAGGACGGCCUUGCCAAGGGCAGCGCGGACUUGAGGAUCUUCCACGUCCGACUCUCUGACACAGGGAAUUACACCUGCUUUGUUCAACGUGGCUCAGAUUAUGAUGAGGCUGUGGUGGAGCUCAAGGUGACAGAUCCCUUUCUACGAAGUAUCUAUCCUUGGAUUAUUGCCCUGGUCCUGGUCCUGGCUGCUGUGGUCGCUCUGAUUUGCUUUGCAGUUUAUCUACUUAAAAUUAAAGAGGAACAAGCCCAGGAACUCGCCUGGAGAAGACACGCAGUGCCCAUAGAAGAAGGGAACGUGGUUCUGGAUCCAGACACAGCCCACUGUGAGCUUGUCCUGUCUGACAAUGGCAAACGUGUGACACGAUCUUACACACAACAGAACAUCCCCGACAGCCCUGAGAGAUUUAACCCGUGGCGCUGCGUUCUGGGCUGUGAGGGCUUCAGCUCGGGGAGACACUACUGGGAGGUGGAGGUGGUGGAGAAUGCAGGAGAAUGGAUCAUGGGGAUUUUUAGAGAUGAUGCAGAAAGGAAGGGUGAUAUUGAGUUUAAACCAGAGAAAGGCAUCUGGGCAGUGGGGAAAGGGGCAGUAUUCUUGAAAGCUUUCACCUCCCCUGGUCCCACUCUGUUUCCUGAAAUCAAGGCUCCCAGGCGGAUCCGGGUCUCUCUGGAUUAUGAAAUGGGACAGGUGGCAUUUUUCAGUGUUGAUGAGGGGAUUCCCAUCUUCACGUUUCCACGGGUAUCAUUUGGGGGGAAAAAAGUCCACCCUUGCUUCUGGCUGGGUCCUGAGACAUGUCUGAAAAUAUGUCCCUGAUGAAGAGGAGGCAGUAAGAGAAGGGUCUCCAAGGGUGGAGAUCUCGUUACCUCUCUACACCUCUCUUCCAUGCUGCAUCUCUCCAAGACCUUUCUCUGAGGCCAGACAUGCUGUUCUGGUCCCAGUGCAGAUCAGUGGGAGAGGCCAUGGCCAAGACCUUGUGUUAUGAGAGCACCUCACAUCAUUUCCAGGUGUGGGGAAAAGGGACUUUCUCUCCUGCUUCUGAGGGUGUUCCUUACACAUGGAGGGUGGAACCGUUGUUUCCUUGUCUCAGGCUGCAGUGGGUUGGUUUCUCGGAUAUUUUAGGCCUUCCUUAGCAACGGGGUCAGAAAUCUAAGGAAGUAUUCCAUAUCAUUCCUUUCCGUAACCCAACAUAUAAAAAGGCGUAGAUAAGAGAGUUCGCUCUCUUCUCUUCCGACAAGGUUUGGGAAUGGUAGGUCCCUGUCUCGGUCUUGCUCAUGUGGAGCUGAGGCCCACAGUGACUGCUGUUGUCUGCCCCGCGUGAGGGGACAGUGCUGGGCCGCGUCCAGCUGUCCUGCUUCUCUCAAGGGAAGUGGGGAGAUUUUAACAGUUCUUUAUUUUGUUAGUUACCAGAUUUCUAGAUUGUGCAUACCUGUUUUGUUUU